CGCAUCUUGGUUUGAAGCCCAUAGUUUAGGUGCUAAGGGGCAGUACAUACAUACAUACAUAACCCCGCGACACAGCAAUCAACAAACACCUUGCGGCUGGGGCUGAACUAGGGCCCUCUUAACGGAACUGUCGUCCCGCCAUCGAUAACCUUCGGUUCCCGGCCCGUCGCCUCGUCCCACUCGACUACUUCAUACAUCCAGCACGCAAUCAAAGUGUUUGAAACGAGAUCCCGGCUAGAUUCAUUCACCGCCUUAGCACCAGAAACGCGGCUCGAGGCACUAAAGCGACCACCUGUCGUACACCAGCGACGUGGCUGCUGCUGUGCCUCCUUCCCUUGUCGAAACAUAGCCUCUACUCGGAUCGUCGACCCACGACUCCGGGAAACUCUCCCCCUCUUUAACACCCAAGUAUCUACUGGAAUCAACCCGCCAUCUUCCCCUACCAAGACUGGAGGUUUUUGCAUGCACUAUGGCCUUUCAGCAACCCACACGCCAGCUCCCCUCACGGGUGAUCCGCAAUGAAGUAGGGACUGGGGAUCGUUCGGUUCCUCAUCCACCGCAGGACCAGCCGGCGCCCAACGAGUCUCAGACAUGGGUCCUCUUCACUCCCGGCACCGAUGCGGGGACCACCGCCUCAUACCUCAGCUCAGUCCAAGAUGACCAAAUAACAGCGGGCAGGUCCAGGAUCGGUGAUCUUGGCAGUCUCGACACCUCUGCACGAUCCGAGUUCGACCUGCAAGCCGCGUCAGAGGGCGUGACAGAGAGCGUUGCCGAGGAGGAUGCCGAGCUUGAUAGCCUCGAUAGCCAUCUCCCCGAGUUUCGAACAGUUCCGGGUACCUACGACCAACCCGAAGUCGUCGCACAUGCGGCACCGGUGCUGCCGGGGCACGAUGGCUUAGGCUCGUUUCCGUUCGAGGCUCCAGCCAUGAGCGCUGAGGUUCAGGAGCGAAUGUACGCCUUCGAGAGAUUCAACCCCAACCGCGUGACGCACAGGGCCGAUAGCUUCAAUCUGGCCCUGCUGGAGCCCGAGACAGAAGAGGCGCAAGAUCUGGAGCGGAACCGUAGGAUAGAGGCCUGGCGGUUAGAACAGAGCCGGCUGCUGCUCGAGGACAUUCGAAAGGAAACAAGGAGGAGGCGACUGUCCGAGGCGUCCCUCGGAAAGGCGGCGCAACAAAACAACGCGGUACAACAAGAGGCGGAGGGGAGGAGCGUCGCGGACGAAGAGGCGGCAGAGAUCAACCUCAGCGGGACGGACUGGCAUGAUCAAGACGAGCCAUCACCGAGUGGCGGUGCGAAGCCUGGCUUCUGGAACCGGAUUGCCCGGACCGUCAUUCGUGACUUGCUGGGGAUCGACGACAGGCUGCUUGCGAUCCUCUUCGGGGAAGCCCUCCCGGAGGACGUGGACAUGGUCUCGUCGACACCUACGGCGCCCCAAGCGGAUGCCCGCAACCCCGCACCGAGCGGCGUCGGGUCGGAGUCACACCUCGAGUCGGACUGGCAGUUGCGCAUGCUGGAACGCAUAUCUCGAGAGCUUGGCGUGCUUGUGCACCACAUGUCGACUCACCCCGGAGCCUUCUCGACCUACACAAGGGUGCAGCACGUAGCCCUUCCGUAUGCGGGCCUGCCAGUCAUUCCCGAGGCACCCGCCGACGUGGCCGACUCGGGGCAGAAGCUGGACGACAGUGUUCCGUCCAUGCCGCAGUUCAAGCCCACUAUCAGCCGGCCGGUCGACGCCCUUAGUGCGCGCCGCCCCUCGGAACAGCUCACGCACUCGGCCACGUCCGCUUCGGGCGCGACCGCCACUGAGGACCAACACACAUUUACACAGCAAGAAUGGGAGCAGGACCUUGACAUCCGGCUGGUCUUCCGGUACUUGCGAUCCCGCUUCUCCUCCUCUCGGCAGACAUCACCGUCGUUCUCGCCGGGUGGUACGCCGCAUCGCACCGGUUCCAGCACGCAGGACGUGGCCGCAAAGGUGGCAAGGGUCCGUCAGCAUCACCCGCUCGUGUCUCAUGCCCACGCCCACGCACACACGCAUGGCUACCACCGUACACGCCCGGCCGUCGAGCGGCGCACGUUCAAGGCGACGGUGCCAUCCAGCCCCGUCGCGGUCAGGCACGCGCCCGGCAGCUGCGCGAGUCAGAGCACUAGGCGGUCUGCACGGAGGAGCAGCAUCUCGUCGCGGCCGUCAUCCCGCCAUUACUGGGAUAUCGGCGGGUCCAUUGGGACCGGGAGCGUCAUUGCCAGCACCGGCCCGAUGGGAAGCUGGGGCGAAGUUUGAGGGGAAGACGUGCCAGCCAGUCGUUCACGACAAGGGGGCUGACCGCCACGGGCGUUGUAUUAUAUAGCUAUCGACUCUCGGCCUUGUCUUCUCGUACGACAACACUUUAGGGUCGCAUUCUGAUGGCAAGGGGCAUUUUUCUCUAUCAAAUGACGAGAAAUAUUGCCAUUAGACUCGCAUUGAGAUGUUCACGCUAGAUACCAGGCAGAGGUGGUUGGCGCGUCUCUCGAAAAUACGGGUUAUAGUGCGUCCCUAUGCUGUACAGUAUGUGGAUGGAUGCAGUGUUUUACGCAGUACACCACCCU